UCCUGCGGGCUCCGCACUCCAUCUAGCUCACACUACGCCCAGCCAAUUGCGUUUAAUGAUACCACUCGAACGCGUAUCCGUCCAAUCAACUCUUAAGACAACAGGAUCUUUCAGUCUGCUCUCUGGCUUGCGACACUAUUGUCCUGCCAGUGUCCUGUUCACUAGAGUCGUGGGAAUUGUGCAGUGUCGUAAACAAUCCGGUGCGAUGCUAUCCAGUGAUAUUCACAGGAGAAAAACGUCUAGCCACACUAAAUGACUUUACGAUGGAUACUCGGAGAACAUUCAGCAAAUAAGAAUCAUAUUAAAGAUGAUUGAUUGAACUUUAAUAGUGCUCUAACGAUUUAGGACAACAUGAACGGUAUCAGCACGUCGGUUGAGAAGCCAACGGAUGGGGAGUUACGAGCAAAAGAUGAGGCGAAACCUAAGAAAUCGGGCGUUCUGCAGAAGUUGCUGCUGAUCAAGUCAAAUAUAACCGUUGAACCGAUUAUUGCGUGUUAUAUAAUGUCAAAUGUGUUCUCGGGAUUGGCAGUUCAGAAUUUAAAUUUGGAAAAAGCAUGUCGAGUCAAUUUGGGAUAUAGCGAUGAAGUUUGUUCCGCUUUAAACAGGCGGCAGACAGAGAAUUACACGACAGAAGAAGCCGAAGUCCAAAAGUUGACUGCGUCAGUACAAGCUUGGAAGAACAUCGUCCAAACGGCAUUUCCGUGUAUACUGGUCUUAUUUGUAGGCUCAUGGAGUGAUAAAACCGGGAAAAGAAAAGCGUGUAUACUGCUACCGAUCGUAGGGGAAGUGUUGUGUUGUACGAGCUUCAUUCUAAACACAUAUUUCUUCUACGAAUUGCCUCUGGAGGUCACGGCCCUCUCAGACCUAUUUCCGUCGUUAACUGGAGGAUGGAUAACUGUAUGCGUUGGUGUAUUCAGUUAUAUAGGUGACGUAACAACAAAAGAAAUGAGGACAUUCAGAGUGGGAGUAGCCAAUUUGUGUAUGUCCCUUGGAAUACCCAUAGGAAUGUCUUUGAGUGGUAUAUUACUGCAAAAAAUUGGGUAUUACGGUAUAUUUUUAAUAUCGAAUUGCUUGUACUUCACCAGUUUAAUAUAUGGAUAUAUAAGAUUGAAAGAUCCAGUUAUCUCCCAGGAGAGACAACGAGAACUACCAGUUGGAUGUCGCGGGUGGGUGUGUUCCUUCUUCGACGCACGUCACGUCCGCGAGACGUUGACGGUUGCGUUCAGGAGCGGCCCCCGACGCAGGCGGCUACGGGUGUCCUUACUUAUAGUGGUUGUGUGCGUCAUAUUCGGACCUUUACACGGUGAGAUGAACGUGUUGUACCUGUUCAUGAGGUACAGAUUCAACUGGGACGAGGUGCAGUUCAGUAUGUUUUGUACCUACAGCAUUAUCACUAAUCUAGUAGGUACUCUAUUCUCCAUCAGUAUCUUCAGUGACUUCAUGAAGUUAGACGAUACAGUUGUGGGCAUCAUAUCCUGUACCAGCAAGAUCCUCGCUUCAUUCAUAUUCGCGUUCGCAACCACCACAUUGGAAAUUUAUAUAGCUCCUCUUGUGGAGAUUUUUAAUGGCACCUCGUUCAUAGCGAUGAGGUCUAUCGCUUCAAAACUGGUGACUAGUGAAGAAUUGGGUAAAGUAAACUCCCUAUUCGGCUUAGCUGAGGCGAUGAUGCCAUUAGUGUAUGGGCCGUUAUACUCAAGAGUAUACAUGGCAACACUGAAUAUACUGCCAGGCGCAGUGUUUUUGUUAGGUGCGGCCAUGACGGUACCAGCCGUUGCAAUAUUUGGGUGGAUGUAUUUCGAGCAGAGAGAAGACAACAAACAGACAGACGAAACUGAGAAUACCAACAAAGAAGUGUAACUCUGUCUAUAUAUAAUAAUAAUAGGUACCUAUGAACAUUCAAUUGUAAUGGAAAGUGUCAGUGAACGAUGCGUUGUACGUGUGAAAUGUCUAA